AUGCCCGGCAACAAAUUAUAUGAUACAUCCACAAGAGCAGGGGCACCCAAUACAUCCACUCGAGGUUCCACUCCACUUGUUACCGAGAGAACUUUCAGAGUCGCCGAGCAUCGUUUCGUUUUGUGGGGUACCGAAACCACCAGCUCUGACCCAGCACUUAAAAACGUGGUGACUGUUUCCGCGGACUCCAUGUAUGAACCCCCCAAAAAAAGAAGCCCCAAGACCAAAAUGAAAGACUACACUAAAGCCGUAGCAAGAAAAAAAAGAAAAAUCACUGAUUCCAGUAUUCAGACACCAAUCGCAGCAGAAAAAAAAACAAGCAACACCAAUGCGCCAGGGCAAAUACGCGCGUGA